AUGUCGAAAGAAGCCAUCUUGCCGGCCUAUGCGCCAGUUCCGAAGAUCACUACUUCCCGCAACUCAACCUGCCGCACUAUUAUGGUCUCUCUGAUGACUUGCAUGUUGAUUUUAUCCCUAUUCAACUACGAAAUUGUCUUUUCAACGAUCAAUAAGGGCAUAGUGGUCUGCAAAGGCCACGUUCAGGGGCAGAAAAUCUCAGAGCCAACAAAUGCCUCCCUUGAAGUGUCCAGCCAAACUUGGGCACUUCCGUCCCCCAAGAUCGAGACACGUUCUACUCAUGGCAAGCAAAGCUCGUUUUCUCUUCGACGCCGCAACGGUGAAGUUUCCGGAGCAGAUUCUGCUCUCUCUACUGAUGGCCGGUCCGGAUACAGCCGACGAGAGGAAUCUGGUCGUUCCGGGUACAACAGCGUUAAGGAUGGACACUCUGGAUCCAACAGUGUAACUGACGGACGAUCCGGAUAUAAUCGCCGUGAGGAAGAAGAUGGGAGGUCCGGCUAUAACGGUGUUGAAGACGGUCGCUCUGGUUACAACAUUGUCGAGGAUGGGCGCUCCGGGUACAACCGUGCCAUUUGA